AUGGCGGAUCCUAUUAGCAUUAGUGCUGCUGUAGGAUGGGGCGUAACCGCAGUAGGUUGGCUCGCCUCACCCAUCAUUCCCAGGCUCCUCAACAAAGGUUUCACCGUCCUGGACUUUAACGCGACGGAGAAGCUGAAGAUAGUUGAUAUGCAAGUUUUACAACUGCAGCGGGUGAUGGAAGUAGUCGACGAGAGCACCUACAGGGCUCGCUUGGAGCCACUGUUAGACAAGCUUAGGUCUGCUCUCUAUGAGGCCGAAGACAUCUUGGAUGAUGUUGAGUAUCAGCGCCUCAAGAAGCAGGCCCAAGAUGCCAAGUCAUCCGGCAGUAAGAUGGAUUCGCUGAAGAAGACUCUUCGGUCUGCCAUGCCGAGAUCCCUCCUAAAAGACAAGUUCAAGCAUCUACGAUAUUUUGCUUUUGUGGUGACUGCAUUUGUCGGGCUAACUUUACCGGGCGCCUUUACCAAGCUUUACCACAUGCAGGUGGUAGACUUUGGUUCUUGCCAUUGUUUGGAUUUUUCUAGAGGUGAAGAUAUGAUGAACCUCGUCAACUUGCGCAGUGUAAUCAGCUGGGCAGAUUUUGAUUUUCCUAACGUGGGCAGGUUGAUAUGGCUCCAGACGCCACCAUUCUUCAGAAUAAGAAGGGAACAGGGGUAUGAGCCACAUCAGCUGAAACACCUAAACAAGCUUCAAGGCAAGCUGCUGAUAUGCGGUCUUGAGAAUGUUCAGAGCAAGGAGGACGCUCUUGAAGUCGAUCUUGCUGGCAAGGAAAAACUCACAAAAGUGGUACUGUCCUGGGAUGAUGAUAGCUGCAGUCCAGAAGUUGAAGCAGAGGUACUUGAGGGUCUUUGCCCAUCGAAGUACCUUGAAAGACUAGAACUCUGGAAUUACCACGGUGCAAGGUUACCGAGUUGGAUGAUGGGUAAACAUAACGGCAGCCCAAAGAACCUGAAAGAACUUACGUUCAGGGGAUGGAUCCAACUGGGACCUGCUCCUGACCUUGGGGCUUUCAUUCAUCUUCAGUCACUAUUUCUUUCUGGCUGCAACUGGGAUGCCUUACCAGGCAACAUGGAGCACCUCACAUCUCUCAAGAAGCUGGAGAUCCAGUCAUGCGACAAUAUACGGUCGCUUCAAAUACUGCCCAAGUCUCUUGAAAUGAUUACAGUCAGGAGCUGCAGCUGGGAUGCCUUACCAGGCAACAUGGAGGACCUCACGUCGCUCAAGAAACUGGUGAUCACGUCAUGCAAGAAUAUACGGUCGCUUCCAACACUGCCCAAGUCUCUUGAAAUGAUUACAGUCAGGGGCUGCAGCUGGGAUGCCUUACAAGGCAAUAUGGAGCACCUCACAGCGCUCAAGAGACUGGAAAUAGAUUCAUGCAAGAAUGUACUGUCGCUUCCAACACUGCCCAAGUCUCUUGAGGAGAUUAACGUCAUGAACUGCAGCAGGGAUGCCUUACGAGGAAAUGUGGAGCACCUCACAUCGCUCAAGAAAUUUGAGAUCUGGAAUUGCAAGAAUAUGCGGUCGCUCCCAAUGCUGCCCAAGUCUCUUGAAGAGUUUAAAGUCGUGCGCUGCAGCGUCAGUGCCUUGCCAGGCAAUAUUGAACACAUCACAUCACUCAAGAAACUGGAUAUAUAUACAGGCAUGCGAGAAUAUGCGGUCACUUCCCACACUGCCCAAAUCUCUUGAGGAGAUUAGGGUCAUGUACUGCAGCUUGGAUACCUUAUCAGACAAUAUGGAACACCUUACAUCGCUCAAGAUACUGAGGAUCACUAUCUGCAAGAAUAUGCGGUUGCUUCCAACACUGCCCAAUUCUCUUGAGGAGUUUAUCGUUGCGGACUGCAGCUUGAAUGCCUUACCAGUUAAUAUGGAGCACCUCACAUCACUCAAGACGCUGAUUAUACAGUCGUGUGAGAAUAUGCGGUCGCUUCCAACACUGCCCAAGUCUCUUGAGGAGAUUACAGUCAGGUACUGCAGUGACGAGUUCAUACAAUCUUGUGUAACGACCGAUGAUCCAAACUGGCAGA